UCCACACACCCGCCUCCUAUCGAACCUACUGGCACCCAUCGCACCCUGCAAGUCCGUCCUUGUUCUGUAAAGCCGCUGUGGAUGACCAGCAGCAGCAACAUGGAUACGGAGCUCUUCAUGGAGUGUGAGGAGGAGGAGCUGGAGCCAUGGCAGCAGGUGGACGACACGGUGGAUGAGGAGGAGAUGGACUUGUACGACAGCUACUGUGAACCACUGGAUGAUUCUCCCCCGCCGUCUCCUUCCCCUCCGACAUCCCCUCCCAGCAGGCGGACUGCUGCCCCUGCAGCUCCCUCGUCCUCUCAGAGCCCCCCACCCUCAGCUGCUGUGCCCGUCCUCACCGCCUCAGUCCCCCCGGCCUCACCCGCUGUGACUCUGGCCCAGCCACUCAUCCUGACACCGUCCUCGGGUGGAACCUUCUUUCUUCCAGCCGUAUCUGGAGCCGGUGCUCAGCCCAUCCUCCUCACCACACAGGGCUUCCCGGUCCAGUCUGUAAUGAAGCCUGGAACCCCGCUCCUGCUCAACCUGCAGCCCGGACAGACAGUUCAGCCACUUACCCUGAUUCAAUCGCCGCCUCUUGGUUCCGUGGUCCGUCCUGGUCUGGGCCAGACGUUGAGAGUGCCCAACACGCUCACUAUUUGUUCGAGCCCACCAAGACCAAUAAACAUGCAGAUGACCCAGUUUGGAGUCAGAGCCCUGAAACCAGUUGGGCGCCCAAUUUUGCCUUCAGGCUCAGCGAAUGGACUCAACAGAACUGUUCCUUCUGGUGGAGUUUCGGGCCAGAACCCCUCUGCUGCCCGGCCCCCGGACAACGGGAAGAUUGUGAUGAGCGUGGAGGAGUUUUAUUAUGGGACAUCUGAGGGGGACCAGGACCUUAGGAAGCCGGCUCCACUUGGAGUGAAACCCCCAAACUUCACAUGCCAGAUAUGCUCCUACCCUGCAGCCAACAACCUGAAGUUGAUGCAGCACAUGCUGAAGCACUCGGAGCUGUCCAGUCCCAGACGGGCAGACGAGAACAAACUCUGUAAGUUGUGUUAUCGUCAGUUCUUCUCUCCGACCCAGCUGACACAGCACCAGGAGCAGGUCCACGGUCCUUCCCUGUCUUCCUGUAUGUGCCGUAUCUGCGAGUGGGCGUUUGAGAACGAGCCGGCUUUCCUGAACCACAUGAAGGUGACACACAAGCCUGGAGAGAUGCCGUACCUGUGCCAGGUGUGUUCCUACCGCUCGUCCUUCUACGCCGACGUCAUCCAACACUUCAGCUCCUCCCACAGAGACUCUGCUCACCUGAUGUGUGUGUUCUGUCUCAAAGUCACAGCCAACACUACACUGUACCAGCAGCACCUGCUCAAGCACCAGCUCUCUCAGGCCUUUCACUGCAACAAGUGUCGGCUUCAGUUCAUCGUCCUCAAAGACAAGAUGCAGCACAAGACAGAGAAUCACCGCAGCAUCUGCAGACCGCCCAAGCUCCAAGGUCUGCCACCAGGGUCAAAGGUGACCAUCAGAACAUACGGGCGACUUCGGAUCCAGCAGAAGCCCUUCUCUGAGCCCAACAACAUCAAGACCGAGUCCAGGUCGCUCCAGCCCUCCUCCAAGAAGCUCAGCAGGAAGGUCCACAUUGGCAGGAGUCCAGUGGUAGAAGGUCAGAAGCUGGUGUGUAUGGAGUGCGGCAACACCGUCACCAGCUUCUCCAGCCACUAUCCCACCUACGUCCACUGUCCACUUUGCCCCUACAGCAGCUGCUGCUCCCGGGCCUACGCUGCCCACAUGAUCCAUCACCACGUUCCCCCGUCAGAGGCACGUUCUCUUCCUCUGCACAAGCUGCCUCCUCCCUGCCCGUUCCAACUGCACUGCACCUUCUGCAACUUCAAGCCUCCAUCUGCUGACCACAUGGCAGAUCACCUGGCUCUCAACCCUCAGCACAACAGCGCCACCUGUCGUCCCAAGAACUUCAUCGAGCGGGACAUCCAGCCAUGGCCUGCUGAAGAGAAGCAACCUCAACCCGUCCAGACCCAUGAACCACCUGGUGCCUCCUGGAGGUCUGCAGACUCAUGGAAGGACCCGGCGGAGUGCACAGAGUUGGUCAUCGCCACCUUCUCAGAAUCCUGUGGUCCUCACCACACACUUCCAAAGAAUAGCGACGCCAUCGACUUCUUCAACCUGCUGUUUCCCACCACGCUGGUGGAUCUGAUCGCUGAUGAGACCAACAACCACGUGAAGACCCGGGACUACAUGAGCUCCAGCUCCACCAGCUGGGAGCCAGUCACCCCUAAAGAAAUCAGAAGCUUCAUCGGUCUCACUAUCCUGAUGGGAAUCCAGAACCUGCCCGACCCAGCUCAGUACUGGUCCUGGAGUCACUAUAACAACAGCUACGCUUUCUGCCAAGCCAUGACCUUCAAACGUUUCAAGGAGAUUUCCACCAACGUCCGCAUGGGCAGCUUUGCCACCGAGGAACUCCGGAACACUGGUAACUCCAGUGACCCCCUGCACAUCUUCAGACCCAUGCUGGACAUCUUAGGCGGGGCCAUGUGGAAGGCCUACAGGCCAAGGUGCUGCUUGACCAUUGACCGGGCUCUGCUACCCAGUCUGGAGGAGGAGAGUGGUGGCGAGGUGAUGGGGGCAACUAAGGCCCCGCCUCAGGUGUGGUUGCUCUGUGACUCCAAGUCUGGCUACUGUCAUCGCUUCCACAUCGAGGUGGGGGUGGAUGUGGAGAAGGAGCCGGGCUUCCGGGUAGUUCCACAGUUGGUGAAGGGUCUGGAGGGGAAGCACCAUCAGCUGUACUUGUCCAACUCUCUGGCAUCAGUCCCGCUCAUGCAGACCCUGCUGGAGCAGAAGAUCUACGCCUCCAGCUCCUUCCCCUCACCCAGCAGCAUCAUCCCUCCAGAGCUGUGGGACAAUGGGCAGCUGAGGAACUCGGGUGACUUCCUGCAGUGGCAAUGUGGCCUCCUGCUGGCCACACGGUGGAAGGACCUGAAAGAGAUGGGCUGCUUGUCCACCAAUGCUCCGCCCGGCGAGGCGGACACGGUGUGGAGGCGCUCUCAGACUAAAGUGGGAGGCUUGGACCCCAUGGAGCGGCCGCGGGCUUUCCACCUGCUGCAGGAGAACAUGCGUGGUGUGGAUAUCUGCAAGCAGCUGCUGGCCUGCAACCCCCUGGGUGGCACCCUGCAGGACACGCUGUGGCGUGGGCUCUUCUGGUUCCUUGUCAACCUCAGUGUAGUUAACUCCUUCAUCGUUCUCCGCGAGAGUCGUCGGGACAACCCACCAUCGUGGGUCCGCGAUGGCCUCUUCUCCCAGGUCAACUUCCGCAAGCGACUGGGCAACCAGCUGGCCAGGGCCGUCCAAAAGGUCGGCGAUGCCUCAGAGACCACUGGAAAGCUGGCCGGUGAACCAGGGGUCGAGGUCCACCGGGUCAUCAGACUGGGCCCCUGUAGACGCUGCAAGAACUGCGUCCUUAAGAACCUGCGGCGGGAGAGCGUGCUGGGCUGCAGCUUCUGCAGAGUCAACCUCUGCAAACAGCCGAGCUGCUUCUGGGAGUUCCACGGUCUGUCGCCGGAGAACAGAGGUUCCACAAAAGUUGGGUUCAUCCGAAACAGUCAGAGUGGGGAGGUGAAGGUGGAUUCGCCCGGUCCAGAGAACGACAUGGCACCUCUGGAGGACCAGGACUUCUCUGACGAAGAAAGAUCAGACGCUGAAGACAUUGCAGACCUGGAGGACCCUGACCUCAUCAAGCCGGUCAAACGUCCAGUCUCUCGCUCCUCGUCCACCUCAGAUCAGCUGUUGUCUCCGUCUGCAGAGUUCGGGGACUCGCUGUCUCCUCGGCAGCUGAGGCUCCUGCUCUCAGCCCUCUUAGAGGGACUCAAUCGAGCUUCCAGACUUUUCACGACCGACCCACAGGAGAUCCGGUCCUGGCUGAGGAAAGCCCGGCAGCUUAUGCAACGCUCCAAAAGUGUCGCCUUUGAGGGCGAGGAGUGGCUGGUGGCCUGGGUUGUUGAUAUGCAAGAGCAGCAGCUACCGCUCAGUGAGAGCGGGUUCUUCCACAAAGUCUCAGCACUGAAGAAGAUUGGAGCCCUCGCCGGCCCGGUCCAGUUCUCUUAUGGCUGGGCCGUAAACUUCCUGCUCCAGCACCACCUGGGCAGGUCCAGACUCGCGCGCACCUUCCCUCUGGGUCACCCUCUGCCCCCGUCUCUGGAGGACCAAGUCAAAACCUUCCGGAAGUUUGUGCAGAAGGUGGUCCAGGUCCACAAGCUUCCAGAACCAGCCGUUGCUGCUGUAGAUGAACUGUGCCUCUUUGUGGAUUCCAGGCUGGUUCUGGACAAGACACUGCGAGCUCAAGCUCUGGAACUAAGUGGGUCGUCUCCUCUUGUGACCAUCUACCUGGCGGUUCUCUCUGAUGGUGUCAUGCUGCCGACUCUGGUUCUGGCCAACGUGGAGCAGCCUGAGAAGCUUCCAGAAUUCAUCCUCCUGCAGUCUCAGUCUCUACAGGUCGAGGAGUCCCUGGAUCUCUGGACCAACAAGGUCUGGCUGCGGCACCUUUCGAGUCCCACCCCAAUCAGCAAGUCCAUGCUGGUGUUGGACCAGCACCGAGAGCACUCCAGUGACGGGUCCCUGACCAUCAUCAGCAGCUCUGGAACUCUGCCAGCCAUCAUCCCAGGAGGCUGCUCAUUCUGCCUGCAGCCGCUAGAGGUCUGUAUCAAGCCGGUGCUGCAGAGGUUCCUCCUGACCCGCUGGGCCCAGUUUGUGGCUCAAGAGUCGGCUGAACUGGAGGAGACCAAACCACAGAGGCUGCUCGCCAACGUCACUCGACUGCUGGUGGACUGGCUGGUGGAGUUCCUGGCCCUGCUUCAGACAGUUCCUCAGGUUGGACACAAGUCCUUCCAGGUGACUGAGCUGCUGCUUCAGGAGCAGGAGAGUGAGCAAUCAGAUCUGUCCGUCGCCAGGAAACUGGAGAUUCAGUCGGACCUUCAGAGGACACUGAUGGAGCUUCUGCCAGAAGACCUGGAACUGGAGGAGGACACAGACUCAAACGAGGAACCAGAGUCACAGCAGGAGACAGACAGACUGAUGGAGAGUCAGGAGGAGGAGAAGAUGGACAUCACAGAAGAAGGGAAGGUGGAUCAGCUGAUACUGGAGAGAGAGGAGGUCCAGGAAAAGCAGGAGGACAAUAGUGAGGAGGAGGAGGAGGAGGUGGAGGUGAGGAAGGAGACAGACGAGGCCAACAAGGAAAGACGAGAAACCCGCAUCGUGAUUGGUGAAGAAGUCGGCGACGAGUGGAAGAUCACUGUGAAGAGUCGCAUGGACGGAGCAGAGAAUGAGCAGAUGGACCAGAGUUGAGGGGAGCUUCCUGAGUGGAGCCCUGCUGGUCAACCUGCGAGGUUUUUGCUGACAUUAGAGCACCCCCUGGAGGGUCUGCGGGGUCCUGUGACUGGUUCUGCCCCGACCCUGUCGCAGGGGGAGCAAACCCUGUUAGAACCCUGGGGAGAACACUGACCAUUUCCCAGCAUGCUUUGUGUCACAUGUUGAUUUAAAGGAGAGAAUGUGUGGAGGUCUGAGGUCAUGUGACCAGCAGAGAGACGUGUCAGUCCUGUAAAGGUAGUUUUUUAAAGGAUUUAGUUUUUUAUUGUUUUAUACCAACUGUGAAGUCCUGUGACUCCUGUUUAACAAUAAAACAAACUGUU